ACAUAAAUUGUAUUGAAGUUGAAGUCCCGCGCAUCAAGUCUUCGUCCGGAUACUAUCUCCAAAAGAACCCCCAUAAAAUACCCCAUUUUGCAGGCAUGACCGAGUGCCUUACAUUCUUGUUCGUGUACCUGCUGCAGCCGCCUGCUGGGGUGGUAGUAGCCUUGAUUCGGGCGACGAAGACCAUUGCGCGAAGCGCUGAGGGUUUCCAAGCGACAAGAUCAUGCGCGUCUCCCUCGUGCAAUUGUGCCGUUUAUUGGCUCUCCAACCCCCGCCAAGCGCCACCGCAUGUGUUGUGCCGCCGAGCUGGGCUCCGUCGGAGGCCAACAUUAACGCCGACGGUUGAUAUCAGGAAAGAUGAUGGAAGACGUCAGUGAAGGAAUAGAAGAUAAGAAAUCUUGC